UUAGCCUUUAUUUUUCGAUCUUAUGUAUUUCAUCUUAUGUUAUUUCGUCAUCCUCCCAUAAAUUUGUUCAGAUGCGUUUUAGCGUUACAUUACGUCAAGAGUACGGCUGUAAGUCAGUCAUCGGCGUUAUCCAGUGCGCGCGCUUCACAGGCGGGUGCUCCCCGCGCUCUUCUGCAUAAAACGCUGACUGCCAGGUGCAUUGCGUGUUCAAAACACAUCAGUUAUAUCUAUGGAAGCCCACUGCUAUCUAAAACCGCUUAUGUUCUGUGUGAAACAAAGUAAGACUAACUGAUAUGCGAUCAGUAGACAGCCUUGUCCACCAGGCACCUGUUGGAGAGUUUCUUUCAGAAAUAAUGGGAGGCAUUCUCAACCAAAGCGGAUGGGGAACUUUGAACAGAAGUUUAACGGAUCAGCAUAAAUUCAGCAGUCUGGAAGACAUCGAUGUGACUGCUGACGGCAGCCUUGUCCUGCGGAUUAUCAUCUCGGUGGUUUAUUCCGCGGUGUGCGCCGUGGGUUUGGUCGGAAACCUUUUGGUGUUUUUCCUUAUGAAGAUUAGACAAGGUCGGAAAAAAUCCAUCAUUAAUUUCUAUGUCAUCAAUUUAGCUGUCACCGACUUUCAGUUUGUUCUGACCUUGCCUUUCUGGGCAGUAGAUACGGCGUUGGAUUUCAGCUGGCCGUUUGGUAACGCCAUGUGCAAGAUCAUUUUAUCAGUCACUGUGAUGAACAUGUACGCCAGCGUCUUUUUCCUCACCGCGAUGAGCAUUACGCGCUACUGGUCUGUCGCAUCUGCUUUAAAGAUCCCUUCUCGAAAGAAGUCCGUGUCUGUGAAGUGGAUCUGUGCUGUAUUGUGGAUCCUGGCGACUGUGGCAACAGCUCCAACUUCCAUUUUCUCCACCGUGACAGUUGUGGCAGGUGAAAAACUCUGCCUCCUCAAGUUUCCAGAUGGACAGGAUUGGCUCGCUCUGUAUCACCUUCAGAAAAUUGUCAUUGCGUUUAUCUUGCCCAUGUUUAUUCUCUCAGUAUUUUAUCUAUUACUUUUGAGGUUUAUCAGAAAGAGGGGCAUUAAUACCCGCCAAAGAAGACGAUCUAAAGUAGCAAAGUCUGUAACGGUGGUGGUCCUCUCUUUCUUCAUUUGCUGGAUGCCAAACCAUGCGAUCACCCUUUGGGGCGUGCUGGUGAAAUUGAACGCGGUGCACUGGGACAAAACAUACUACAUGGUGCACACUUAUGUUUUCCCCGUGACUGUUUGUCUUGCUCAUACCAAUAGUUGUUUAAACCCAGUUUUGUAUUGUUUAAUGCGAAGGGAAUUUAGGAAAUUGUUACAUGGUUUCUUUUGGCGCAUAUCCUCGCCUGUUAUCUCGAACGCUGGAAAACUACAUGGAUACAGUGGAGGCAGCAAGCAAAACCUGGAUGACGCACAUACUGGAAUUCAUUUGAACGUGAUUGACGCACAACGCUGCCAAGAAUCCGGUCAACUGACCUUAAACUGACAACAGUCAUAGGACUUCAGACAGGUUCAAGUCAGCAAACGAAACAGUGGACUGUUCUUUUAUUUCUGAUAAAUCAAAGGGUUAUUAUGAUCUAAAGAUCAGCGAAUGACUGUGGUUGCUGUCUGUGACUUUUUAAAGGUGUUGUAUUCGUUGACCUACAAACAUACCAAGUUAAACCUAAUGUCUAUUUAUAUUGUACAUUUUGUCACUUUUUGUGUGAUAGAGAAUUCACAAAGUAUAUGUAAAUUUGGAUUUAAAAAUACACUAAAAUGUGAAGAUAUUAUGAGGACUGGAACAAUGCUUGCAGAACUGUAUUUAUAUAUAUAUAUAUUGUACAUGAUUCAUAGUAAUUUAUUACAAUUAAUUGUAUAAUAUUACAUUUAUUUCAAUAUAGUUUUUAAAGUCAUACUUAA